UGUGGCCUUUUAAAUAAACACCUAUGUUGUCGUUCCUGAAAUGCGAGUAAAAAUAAAACAUGGCAUUUACAUGUGCAGUAAAGAAAUGUUCAAAUGGUUCAUACUGGCUUAAUAAAUGGAAAAAUCAGUUAUGCGAAAAAUGCGGCUGUUUACACAAGGAAAGGGAAUGCCGUUGCGACCCGCCAUUUAGAUUGUACACCUUCCCUACAGAAAAUAAAAAUCCAGAGAAAAGAGAACAGUGGAAGCAGCUGAUUGGCCGCCAUGAUGGGAAAAGGCUGUGGUCGCCUUCUAAAGAUAGUAGAGUUUGUAGCGACCAUUUUAUAGAAGGAGAGCCAACUUGCCAGAAUCCAUUUCCAACAUUAAAACUUGGUCAUGAGGAAAGAGAAGCACAUUUCAAACGAAGGAGUCACUUUAAAGGACCUGAUCCAAAGAGGCUGAAAGAAACAGCGAGUCUAAAGCCAAAUACUGAAAGUGAGAUAUCAAACGUUGUAGGUCAGGGUCACACUGAAAAAAGAGACGAUCGUGAAAUUAAAAGUUUUUGUGAUAAGCCCGUAGUGUCAUCUGUUGUAACGCUUGAAGAAAAUGAAGAAAUGAGGUUAGGACCAAGGAGACAUUACGGCUGUAUUUGUAGAAAUUACAGAGAAAAAAUUAUCGAUGGACAGAGUAUUACAUUACAUCGGUUUCCAGCAGAUGAUAAACUAAGAAAUGCUUGGAUUAAACAGAUUAAAAUCCAUGACCCAAAUUUCAUUACAGACUGGGCUAAUGCUUAUGUGUGCUCGGCACACUUUGUUGGUAACCAAAUACCUAAUGUGUUUACAAUAAAUAAACAAAGAGAGGGUCAGGAGCAGGUUGGCAAAUCAGCAAAGAUGGUGAGUACCGGUACUGGUACACAAAUAAAUUGUGGAUAUUUUAUCCAGGAGGCUGCGAAGGCUGUUGAAAUUGAAAACAUGACUGCUACAACAUGUAGCACUCCACUUGCGACUUUGCCUGCUCCAUGCAGUAGGUCAGCAAAUACAGACAGAUUGUACUAUUCCAGGAGGGAACCAGUGUUAUACUGGAUGCAUAGGUUCUGUUUGUUGGCCAAGUCAACACAGGAAAUAGUUCCCAACAGGGACUACAAACAGGUUUUAUAUGAGGCCGGACUUGGGGAGAGGACGAUAACUUUUUUAAAAGAUGCAUACCCUGAAAGUUUCAAGUCAAAUCUGGAAAAUGCUUUUCCUAAGUUAAAGGACUGUUCUGGGUUUGAGCUGCUAAGAACCACCUUAGACAGUAGAUUACUGCUGGAGGUUAUGAAAAUGCCUGCUGGUGGAUUCACAGCUGCAUACCUGGCAAAUGAAAGUAAUCUGGGCAAGGCUGUGUGCUACAUACGCCCAAUGCAAAAAGACAUACCCAUUGAUGAAGGAAGAAAACAGACAGUGAAUACCGGUACCCAAAUAGAACCUGAGGCUGCUGAGGCUAUGGAAAUUGAAUACAUGACUGCUACAACAUGUAGUACUCCACUGGUGACUUUUCCUGUUCCAUACAAACAGUCAUCCUACAUGUCAGCAAAUAAAGAUAGAUUGUACAAUACAAGGGAGGAACCAAUGUUGUACUGGAAGCACAGGUUCUGUUUGUUGGCCAACUCAACACGGAAGAUGGCUCCAACAAAGGACUACAGGCAAGUUUUAUUUGAGGCCGGACUUGGGGAGAGGAAAAUAACUUUUUUAAAAGAUGCAUACCCUGAAAGUUUCAAGUCAAAACUGGAAGAUGUUUUUCCCAAAUUGAAGGACUGUUGUGGGUUUGAGCUGCUAAGAACCACCUUAGACAGUAGAUCACAACUGGAGGUUAUGAAAAAGCCUGCUGGUGGAUUCACAGCUGCAUACCUGGCAGAUGAAAGUAGUCUGGGUCAGGCCAUGUGCUACAUACGGCCGAUGCAAAAGGACAUACCCAUUGAUGAAGGAAAUACAAAGGAGGCGGCUGAGGCUGUGGAAAUUGAAAACGUGACUGCUACAACAAGUUGUACUCCACUUCGGUCAUCCUACAGGUCAGCAAAUACAAACCGAUUGUACUAUACCAGGGAGGGACCAAUGUUGCACUGGACGCACCGAUUCUGUUUGUUAGCCAACUCAACACAGGAGAUGGCUCCCAACAGGAACUGCAGACAAGUUUUAUUUGAGGCCGGACUUGGGGAGAGGAAGAUAACUUUUUUAAAAGAUGCAUACCCUGAAAGUUUCAAGUCUAAGCUGGAAGAUGUUUUCCCCAAAUUAAAGGACUGUUGUGGAUUUGAGCUGCUAAGAACCAGGUUAGACAGUAAAAUACAACUGGAGGUUAUGAAAAUGCCUGCUGCUGGAUUCACGACUGCGUACCUGGCAGAUGAAAGUAAUCUGGGUCAGGCCGUAUGCUACAUACGGCCGUAUCAAAAGGACAUACCCAUUGAUGAAGGAAGAAAACAGACAUGUGUUGGAGCUGAGGACAGGCCAGCUGAGGUGUAUUUAGACAUUGAUUGUGUAAAUAUUAAGACAGAGGACAACUUUGAGCUUGAGGAUGAUGUCACUAACUAUACUGAGGAUGGUGUAAACUUGAAUAGCAAUGAUAAUGUCACUUCCAAUGCUAUGAAUGUUGAGAUUAUUAAAACUGAGAAUGAUGUCAUUGAUAAGUCUUUAGAUGUUGUUACCCUGAAAGAAGGGGACAGUGCCACUUUUAAAACUGAGAAUGAUGUCACUGAUGAUACUGUGGAUGGUAUCACUAUUAAAGAAGAGGUUAGCUCCAUUUUCAAUAAUGAGUAUAAUAUCACUGACUAUGCUAUGGAUAGUGCCAAUAUUAAAGCAGGGGAUGAUGUCACCAUUAAAAUUGAGAAUGAUAUCACUGAUAAUACUGUUGAUGAUGUUACUGCUAAAGCUGAGAAUGAUGUCACUGAUAAAACUGAGAAUAGUGUAAACUUUAAUAGCAAUGAUGAUGUCACUUUCAAUACUAUAAAUGUUGCCAUUAUUAAAACUGAGAAUAAUAUUAAUGAUGAUUCUUUGGAUGGCGUUACUAUUAAAGCAGGGAAUAGCGCUACUUUUAAAACUAAGAAUGAUGACACUGAUAAAACUGCGGUUGGCAUUACUGUUAAAACUGAGAAUGAUGUCACUGAUAGUACUGUGGAUAGGUUAACAAUUGAAGCAAGGGAUGAUACUGAGGAUGAUGUCAUUUUUAAGAAUGUGGAUGAUUUCCCUAUUGGGACAGAGAAUGAAGUCACUGUUAUGACAGAGAAUAAUGUCACCUCCAGGACAGAGGAUGGUGUCCCUUUUAAUAUUGUAGGUGAUUCGCUCGAGUAUGAUGAUAUCACUGAGGAUAUCCCUAAUCUGGCUGCGAAUGUUGAUAAGGAGGAAGAGUACAGUCCUGGUGUACUGGGUGAAGUGAAUAUUAAGAACUCAAGCACAUCUUUGGUGUUGGUUGAAAUGAGAGACCCAAAUACAUGUAUAUAUUCUUUAAUGAAUAAAAACACAAGCACUCCUGUGUUAGAUGUUAUGGAAUGGAAGAACACAGGCACACCCAUGGUUCAGGACCAGUUUGAAAUUCGCAAAACAAUGUCAUUGUUGUUCCACGACUAUUGCAGUAAAUCACCACAUGUUAAUAAUGAAAUGAAACCUAACCAGGAAGAGAAAUUGAAGCACUAUUGUCAUCGUUGCACACAGACUAGUGAAACUAGUUCCACGCAGACAGAUAAAAUUGUAUCAAAUAGCCCAAAGACCAUUAUACCAGAGCUCAGAAUUGAAGAUAUUGCACAAGAUAGCAGUAGUGUUAUGUUCUACACUGGUCUCUCAAAUAUUGAAACAUUUUAUGCUCUGUUCGAUGAACUGAAAGACAUCGACAGAAAUAAUGCAGGCAAUGAAAGCAAGAGAUAUGAUUUAGGAAUGUUAAGAAAAGUUGAUGAACUUUUAUUGGUUUUAAUGAGGCUUAGAUUAGGGCUGCUUAUUGAAGAUUUAGCAUAUAGAUUUCAUAUAACAAAGACAAGUUGUGCACACAUAUUUGCGAAGUGGAUAUCACAUCUAAGUCUCAAAUUAGACAUAUUAAUGGCCUGGCCAGAGUCUCGAUUUAAGAGCACUAGAAAGCCUUUAUUUAGAAGUAAUCGUAACAAUACGCUGAGUAUACAGUUGAUAGAAUUUCCUAGAAGUCCCAGUUUUUGUAAAGCAUUGAUUGGAAUAACUCCUGAUUCGAAAAUCAAGUUCGUAUCUGACUUCUAUCGACAAACUGUUGAUGAAAGAAAUCUCACAGAAGCUUGUGGAUUAUUGGAUUUGCUACAUCCAGGAGACACUCUUGUUGCUGAGAGAUGGUUUCAUUCUUUAUCAGACUUAACUGCUAAACGUGGCAUCCGCUUGUUGUUACCAUCUGAUAAAAAUGACACAAAAAUCCAGAUAAGUGGGGGAAACAGUUUAAAAGAAUCAAAACAUGUUAAAGGUUUACAAAUGGUUACCAAACUUAUAGGACAGAGGAUAAGACAUUUCAGGAUACUUGGGGAAAUGUUUGUUUCACUACCAAUGGAAAGGGAAAUCUGGAAAAUUUGUGCUGGUUUAACAAAUCUGCAGCCACCAAUAAUACUUUGAUAGCAGAUAAAUGAGUUAAGUAGAAAGCCGAAGAAAAUGGACAUUGCAAUUUAUGUCAGAAUUUGUUUAUCUUACUUUUUGAAAUUCAGAUAGACUUUCCAAAUGUAUAUCUUCAUAUCGUAAUAACUGCAUUGCCAGUCAUACAGUUGAGUUUUGUAAAUGAACAUAUGAGCCGCGCCAUGAGAAAACCAACAUAGUGUAUUUGCGACCAGCAUGGAUCUAGACCAGCCUGUGAUUCCGCACAGUCUGGUCAGGAUCCAUGAUGUCUGCUAACGGUUUCUCUAAUUGUAAUAGGCUUUGAAAGUGAACAGCAUGAAUCCUGACCAGACUGCGCAGAUGCGCAGACUGGUCUGGAUCCAUGCUGGUCGCAAACGCACUAUGUUGGUCUUCUCAUGGUGCGGCUCAUAUAAAAUAAAUGUUCCAGGAUACUUUUAAAGUAUUAUAGAUUGAUGUAGCUUAUUUCUACUCCCACAUAAUUUUUUUCUGGGGAGGGGGCGACACCUAAAUUUGCUCUUGUCUGUAUGCCAAUCCAUCCAGAUUUGUGUUGUGCAUAUCUCAAAAUGUAUUUGACCUAAUUCGGGUAAAGUCAUUCAACCUCACAGGAUUUUUAUUCAUCAUAGGAAGUUGUGCACCUGGUGUUUUAAUAGGAUUUCACAGAACCAGACAAGAGUUAUGGUCCAUGACUUAGUCAAAACUAUGCAUAAGAUAGACUUAAAAGUUUGUUUCAAAGGCUCUCGAAAUAUAAUUGAUGUAGGAUUUUGAAACAUUAAAGGAAUAUUAUUAAGUGUGUGAAGUUGUGACCUGGGGUUUGUUUGAGAUUUAACUCUGCCAGGCCAGACUUAACCUUGAUUUCAUAGUGUCAAAUAUUCUGGACAAGUUUUAUGAAAAUGAAAUAGAAACACUAUUAUCAUCUUUAUAUUACCAUCCUAUAAUUGCAGGUUAGUAAUCUAUAACACACAAAGUCCUGUAUUUGCACUAUCAGGACUUUUACACACCUAAUUGUAGAAGUAUUAAAUAGUGCGUCUUCUUUGCAUAAAAUAAAUUAUCUACUUCUUCACCA